AUGAGCGAUGAGACACCGCGCAGUCCCCCGCAUAGUGUUGAUGAAAAUACUGGAGAACUGCCGGAGCGAAUGAAAGGUUCAUCUGCUGAUCUAGUGAACGACCAAGAACAUUCUACUGGAAGCCUUGACAUAGCAGAAACAAGAUCAAGCUCAUUGAAGGGCUCCUCUGAGGUACUUGAACAAGAAAUAGAGUUGAAUUUGCAUUCGGUUAGCAAACCAGCUGCUUCGCUGCAGUCGCGCUCUACCAACCCAAUACCUCCCAUCAAUACUGUGGGUCCUAAUGACUUUGCAUUGGAAACUCUUACUGUCCAUCCAUAUUUUCCUGCUAGACACGAUAAAUAUGGUAAUCCUUUAAGACAGGAUUCAGGACCCAGCAACAAAAGUGACCGAAAUGCAGCUGAUGAGGAAGACCCUAAGGUGGAGAUUGCCCUGGAGAGUUCACAGGACUCCGUUACACAACCAAAUGCUACCGGUGAAACUCUUAUACGCUCUGUAAUGUGGAGUGUCAACGAUAAUGAAUCGGAACCUGAACGAACCCAUACUUUUGCCCAUAGAGAAGGAAAUGCCAAUGCCUAUGAUUCAUAUGUUUCUGUCCAUGGAAAUACAAUAAGCUUUGUAAAUGAAACGGACCCGCUUUUAGCAAGACACCGUGUAAUGCUUCUAAGAUCGCAAUCAAAAUUCAAGCUAUAUUUUUCACGGCCGCUUUUACCACCUUUGAUAUUUGACAAUCAUGUAACGGAAGCGCGAGAUUUGUGUGUUGCUGAAAGGAACUUUUUGAGCGGCAUGAAAAUGGGUGUGUCCUUGGGAGUCGCCGCGGCAGUCCUGUAUAUAGAUCUCAGGCUACCAACUGCUGACACCCCGAAUCCCCCUCCGCAUGCAAUUAGUUCUGGUUGGGCAACCACACUGGGGAUUAUUUUCUUCGUUCUUAGCAUACUGACCAUUCUAGGGUCAUUUGUUAACUAUAUCCAGACUGUUGCCUCGCUUGCUAUGCAAGAAGCAAAAGUUACUACCAACAAGAUAUUCCGGUUUCUUCUCUCUGGCAUUGCUGUUAUAAUUCUGACGACGAACAUAGUAGUGAUAGCAAAAAGUGGAAAAUCAAACAAAUGA